AUGGGUGCAUAUCUGAACAAACCAAUUACGGAUAAAGAAACUGAGGUCGGUGAAAAUGGUCGUGUUCGUUUCGCAGCGACCACAAUGCAAGGAUGGCGGGUCAAUCAGGAGGAUGCACACAAUUGCAUACUUGAAUUUGAUGAGAACUGUUCGCUUUUUGCGGUUUACGAUGGGCAUGGAGGCAGUGAAGUGGCUCGCUAUACGGCUCUGCAUUUACCUGAUUUUUUGAAAGCAAAAGAUUCGUGGAAAAGUGGAGAUUAUCAGAAAGCGUUGGAUGAAGCAUUUCUUGAAUUUGAUGCAUUGCUAAGAUCAAAUGAAGUUCUGAAGGAACUGAAAGUUAUGGCCGGUAUGCCGAAUGCAGAACACAGUGAGAACAGCGAUGAUGAAGACAAGGAGGCACUUUGCGAAGAGGCAGCAAUGCCACUGGAGUCAUUACUAGAGAAGUAUGGAUUUGCAUUUCCAAGAAAUCAUAAUGGUAGGGCGCCUAUGAAUUUAGAGGAUUUGUAUGCUCUCAGAGAUAUACACGAGAGGGAAAUGGCCAGGACUGAGGAAGAGGUCGUGCAGAAAAAAGAGAAUGGAUGUGAAGUGGCGGAUGCUUCGAGUCAUGAUAACGAUGCUGAUAUGACGACGAGAGAUGGCAACGGCAAUGCUGACAGCGACGUUCGACAGGACGAUAAGAAGAAGAAACGACUUUGUGAAUCACCCAUUGGAGAUGCAGCAAAAAGAACCAAAUCGUCUGACAACACCAACGACAAUCAAGAUAACAGCGAGUCGUCAAGUGUGCUUGCGCGUAGACAUUGCUUCUCGGAAUCACAUUCCUCUGCUUGUACCACUUCUGAUGACAGCACAAUUCAUAAUAAUGGUCUAACCGCAUCAACGAGACGAGAAAGAGCCUCGAAAAGCGAAUCAGAAGCGGCCGAGAUAGAGAAGGAGGGCAAACAAGAGAUAAAGCACGCCCCAGAUAUGAGACAGAUAGCCGAGCAGUGUCGUUCGGACAAGCCACAGCCAUCGGCCACACCAGAAACCCAAACGGCCGUCUCGUCGGACUCAGAGCAGUCGGUAGACGAUGACUAUCAUGAAGACGAGGAAAUGAGUGAAGAAGAGGAAUCCGAUGAGGUCGACGACGAUGAGGAUGCCGCGUAUAACGGUCCGACCGGUGAUACGCCUGGCGAGGACUCUGGAACUACGGCGUGUCUGUUGGCGCUUUUCAAGGACAAGGUGAUCGUGGCGAAUGCGGGCGAUAGUCGUGCGGUGCUGUGCAGAAACGGAGUGGCGGUAGACUUGUCUAUAGAUCACAAACCCGAGGAUGAAAGUGGUAUGUACGGAAGUGUGUUGCUUGUCUCGUUUAUUGAAUGCUUGUUGAUGUUUGCAGAGAGAACGCGAAUAGAGGCAGCUGGAGGCGAAAUUAGUUUGGACGGACGAGUCAACGGUGGUCUCAAUCUUUCGAGGUAUGUGAGUUUAGUGAUCGAGAUCGGUUACGGUUAUCGUAAGUGGCAUGAUUUCAGAGCACUUGGUGAUCACUUCUAUAAGAAGAAUGGAUCGUUACCACUGAAGGACCAAAUGAUCUCGGCUCAACCAGAUGUAAAACUGUAUCCGAUUGAACCAGAAGACGAAUUUGUUAUUAUUGCAUGUGACGGAAUAUGGAACUCGAUGAGCAGUCAAGAAGCAAUUGAUUUCAUUCGAAAGAGGAUAUCGGAUGGUGUGGCAAUAAAAGAUAUUUGUGAACAGAUGUGUAACGAAUGUUUAUCACCGAACACAGCUGGUGAUGGAACAGGAUGUGACAAUAUGACUGUAAUUGUGGCCGAAUUAAUGCGACAGUAG